CCCGACAUGUCUAUCUGAUUUCAACACUUUAUGUAAAGAAAAAGUUGCUGAAUCCCAAGCUGGCAAUGACAAAAGGAGUAAAGUGAAACAAACAAAACUUGAUAAUCACAUCAUGAACUCAAGCUCUCCUAAAUUUAAACAAAUCAGCUCGCAAGAACAACUUGAUGAAGCAAUUUUGAAUCAUAUUAUAGUGGAUCUGUUGCCAUUCAGUGAAAUAGAAAACGAGGGGUUUCAAGAGCUAGUAGGUGGGUUGAUAGGCCCGCUUGUCCUGAAAAGUCGGCGUUCAAUGGCAAGGCUUCUGAGCAAGAAAUAUGAAUUGAACAAACAAAUUCUUAUUGCUGAACUGGAAAACGUCGAACUUGUUUCAACUACUGCUGACUGCUGGACAUCUCAUCGUCGCAGCUUUCUCGGAAUGACUGCCCAUUGGCAUGGCGAAGGAAAAAACUCAAAAGAUAUUAUUCGUCGCAGUGCGUGUCUUGGGGUUCGACGCGUUUAUGGAUCUCACACGUACGACGUUCUGGCUAGGGCGAUGGCAGAUAUGCAUGCUGAAUUUAAAAUUACUUUCAAAGUUUACUGUACGAUUACCGAUAACGGGUCUAAUUUUUUGAAGGCAUUCAAGAUGUUUUCAUCAAAAGAAAAUGAAGGCCGUCCACCACGAGGUUCCUCUAAUGUAGAUAAUGAAGAGGAGGUAGACGACUAUCUUGACGAUGACGACGAAGAAGACGACGUAGUUUACGUUGACAUAGGAGAAAUUUUGGAUAGUCAUUAUAAUGAAGCUCGUCUGUCUUUGGAAAUUGAAGAGAGAAAUGGCGCUACUGAACAAUUGCCUCGAAGUGAAAAAGAAGGAACUCUAAACGCUACUCUAAAUAAUGAAGAUUCUGAUUCUGAUUCUGACAAUGACAUUUGCAACAUUGUUGCCCACAUUCAUCUUCCUCGUCAUUUCCGAUGUACAUGCCAUUCAUUGAAUCUCAUUGCAACAACCGACGUUAAAAACAUAGACCAGCGGCAAUUCAAUAAAUUAAAGAACAAUUUGGAUAAAAAGUUGUCGGCCAUCUGGAACAAACAGAGUCGGAGCUCACUGGCUUCCGACUACAUAAAGGAUAAACUGGGUGAACUAUUCAUUAUUCAUAACGCCACACGAUGGAACAGCUAUUAUAAUUCUUUGUGCAAAGUUAACUAUUUUCAAUCGAAAAAACCGGAAGAGUUUAAUGCUAUAAUGGACUACUUCAAACUGAAAAAAUUGACGGUUGCAGAACAGGAAUUUCUUAAAAAAUUCAUCAAAAUAAUGAAGCCCAUAGCUGACGCCUUGGAUGUAUUCCAAAAUGAAGAAAAGAUGUCCGUCGGAUGCGUUUUGCCUGUGUUGACGGUGUUAAAGGAAAAACUUGUGAUUUUCAAAGAUAACCGAAGUGUCAUUCAUUGCGUUCCGCUGGUCAACUGUCUAUUGGAAGGGGUUGAAAGAAGAUUCAGUUCCUUGUUUACCGAUACGAACAUGAUUCUUGCGGCCAUUAGUGAUCCACAUUUCAAGUUAUCGUGGAUUUCAGAGGGUGAGAAGUCAACCGCUAUCGAUCUUCUCAAAAAAGAAGUAGAUCGGCGUGCAAUGCGCAUGAAAGCCGCCUUGAUGAGGCCAGUAUAA